CCGAGUCGAUAACGCGUCGGUAGCAUCAAAGGUGAAAAAUGGCGUCGCCCAGAAACAAAAGAGGACAUUCUUCGUUUGACUUUUUGUGAAAAUGGUUUGCCAAGGAAUGGCGGAGGGCUCUGUGGUUAUCGCAAAGAAAGACCUGUAUUUCCAUAUCGAGGGGAUCAAAUAUCAAGAUUUGGCUGAGAUGUCAGAAAAAGGCCAAAGGAAACAAAAUGGCUUGAAUGCCAUCUUGAUGGAUGGUAGAAAGUCACCCACAGUGACUGGUAAAGUUGCAACAGUGAAUGGAAAGAGGAUUGCACUAUUCAAGCACAGGGGACAAGUGUAUGCCAUGGAUGAACACUGCCCACAUAUGGGAGGACCCCUUCACCUUGGCGACAUUGAGGAGUUGGGUGAAGCCCGCAGACUUUGUAUUGUGUGUCCUUGGCAUAAAUGGAAAUUUAACAUUAUCACCGGAGAGACUGAGUCUCCUGUUAACAGCAAUUUGAAGGUUUCUUUAUACCCAGUGGAGGUGAAGACGAGUGGAUGUUUAUUUGUUGCCUUUGAAGCCAUAUCUCAAGACUUUUUUAAUUGUACAGAAGAGUUCUGAUUUGUAAUAUUGGUCUGUCGUCUGUUUUCCAUGGAUUCAAUGGUGAUACUUUAUUUGGUGUUGUUUCCAAAUCAAAGCAAUUAUUUUUAUAUUUUGAAAAAUUUAUACCAUUACACAGUAUUCCACUAUAGCAUAAACCAAAAUAACUUAAAGAGUCGCUGUCAGCUUUUGUGGCCCUAGGAAAGAACCAAGUGUGAAAAAGCAUCCAUAUUUUUAUCAGCUGAUUAUGGAGAGCUGUUGUCACAUUUUUAUUGAAUUCAGUAAAUAGACCUUGAGAUUUGUUUAGGGGUUUCUUUGAUAUUUCUCUCAUAAUUUGUCUUCUAAUACCGGUAUUUUUUGAAAACAAUAACAAAGGUUGACAACGGCUCUUUAAAGCUGUCAUUCAUAGUGGAAUUUUUAUUACAAUUUUAUAGUGUUUUCAUUUCUAUGUAGUAUUUAUACCUGCAUCAUUGUUUUUAUAGAAAUAUGUAUUUAUAUAUAAAUUUUAAAUAGAUAUUUGGUAGAGUGUAGACAAACUUGCUAUCAAAGAUCUCAAAAUUACAAUUAUGAAAACAUUGUGUCAUUCAAAAUAAAUACUUAUAGAUAGUGUUGAGCUCUAAAAGACUGAAAACUAUUCAGCAAGACAGAUAACCAAAUCCUUGUGCUGUUUGUCUACACUCUGGUAUAUUGUAAAAUAGCAAAUAAUAGCUCAAACAGAGAAUUUGGUUUACCAAGAUUAAAGUAUGUUGGUAUGAAAAUGGGUGUGUUACACAUUGCAUUGACAUAUUUUCUACGUUUUUGAAGUAUAUAUUCUGUAAAUUCUUAUUUCUUUGUUGAUAGUGUAAGGAAGGGACAGGGGGAGCUGUUACCUCCCUUCAAAUCUACAAAUUUACCUACCGCUAUAUGUUUUAUAUAUUGGUGCUCCUUUCAAGAGUAGAAUUGCGUAUACAAUUUGUACACGUUUCUGUUUUAAGUAAUAAAACUACUUCCCGACAUUAAA